AUGUCGACUACUAGGCUACCCUGCAUUCCGUCGGUCCGGCGGCAGCAGCUGCAUCUGGAAUUUGCCAGUUUGCGGCAUGCCGCACCGCCAGGGGUUUAUGUGAGCCUCGCGCCUGGAGACCCCACGCUUUGGAAUGGUGUUAUUUUCGUCCGCUCUGGACCCUAUGCGUCUGCUGUCCUCCGCUUUCAAAUCCGCUUCCCCGACAUUUAUCCCGAUUUACCUCCCCUCGUCACCUUCGCAACCGAUAUUUUCCACCCAUUGAUCGUGCCGCUCACGACCUACACCUUCAGCACCAACUCCGCGAGCGAUAACCCAGUCAGCGCGACGGACGAUGAACGCCUACCCCCAGGUGGAUUCAGCCUUCGCCAUGGCUUCCCGCAUUGGUUUGGCAGGGAAGACCGAAAAGGUGCUACAUCUGGAGCAUCGUCCCGGAAUGUAAGCGGGAAAAGCGCGGGCACAUUGUCUGCCAGUGGUGCCGAAGGGACAAAGUUCAAUGAUAUGAACCCGAACGACGAAGAACUUUCGGGCGUGCCUGAAACCUCGCAAGCUGACAAGCCGGUCGAGGGCGAAGAAAGCUCAGAAUCCAAAGAGGAGACCACUCGAAUCUCCCAAGUCCCCUCUGCAGAUCGAUUUGCUCAGCCUCGGAAGGUAGUUCCCGUCGCUGAGCUUCUGGAGUAUAUCAGGUCAACCUUCGAUGAUGAGGAGGUAUUGGACUCGUUGGACGUUGAUGCUGCAGGGAACCCGGGGGCGUGGCACGCGUGGAAGGCUCAUCGAAGAGGUGGACACAGUCCUGGCCAUGUGAAGCAGGGAAGCCCGCAGGCUCGGCUCCCUGGCGAUUGGCAUUGGGAUGGCAUCUGGGCUCGUCGAGUGGAGGCCGAAAUCGAGAACAGUCAUUCGGAACCAAUGCUGUUUGGCAAUGCUUCUCGAGGGACGGAUGACAUGAUACGAUUCUCGAGGUUGGACGACGCGACUUUGAAUUCGUUGAAGGAGAUGAUGGCAUCGGUGGCCAACGUACAUAAAUAA